UUCAACUAGCAGAUCUGUCAUUCUCAAAUUCUAAACUUUCUAUCGGUACCAAAUGUUCACGAAUCUAACUCAAUUUAACAUCUAAAUUUAUGUCUUUUUUGAAUCGCGAACAUAUUCGAUCUUGGAACAGUAUUGUUUGCAUUGGUGUAUCAGUUUACACGCGCAAAAUAGUGGCAGUUUUAGAAAUCUUCGCAUCUAAACUUCGCUUCUUCCUCGCUUACAACAACCUUGUACAUUACGUCUAGAGGGGGUAUACAACAAUUAAUUGAUAUACACCCAUGAACAAAGGAUCGUUUGAGACUGGAAAUUACUAGAGAACGUGACUUCCCUAGCGUGACUUCUUCCGUCGAGAAUUUACACGCUUCGCUUGCGAAAUAUUCAAUGGAAAACAAAAAAUAUUCUGCUGAUCAAUGGAGAAAAGAAAAAGAAGAAAAAAAGCUUAAACAACAAAGGGAAUACUAUGAAAGAAACAAGGAAGUUCUUGCACAAAAAGCAAGAGAAAGAAUGCGCUUGCUUCGAAGCAAGAAAAAAAACGCGACAGUCGCCGCAGUGAAAACACGCACAUCUGCACAAAAGGCUGAUGACAAAAGAGCCAACCGUGAGCGGAAUGCUGCAUCAGCUAUCAAGAAGAAGGUUUUGAAGCAAAGAGAAAAAGAGAGGGAAGAGAAAAAGCGACAGCAAACUCGAGAAAGGGUUCGAAAACUUCGUCAGAAUAGAAAAGAGUCAUCAUUUGCGCAACCGGAACCGGAAGUCAACAUCACCACACCGGCUUUUAGUUCAAGGAUGGCAAAAAAACGUGCAAAGGACAAGGUGUCCCCUGCCUUACCUCAAACCCCCGCAAAAAAGGCUGAAAUUCUUCAAAACCUUGCAAGUACUCCUCGCACAAGGAAGAUUCUUGAAAAAAAGAAGUUCGUGAGACCAGUUGAGGAGCAACAAAAUAUCGAAGCAAUGGAGUGUUUGGUAGAAGAUUUGGCAGAAGGAUUGUCCAAAGUCAAAAAAGCUAAGUCGACUGAUGAAAGAGCAGCUUAUAACUGUACGCGCUCUUUGGCUUUUGGAUCUUCUGUCAAAAAAAACAAGCACCAAACACGGAUUGCCAAGAUGAUGGGAGUAAAAAGAAGCCAGGUGUCCAAAGCUAUCAAACAUAGAGAAAGAGUUUUGAAGGGUGAUGAGGCCUGCUGGUUGAGCACAAAAAGAAAUGUCAGGUGUGACGCGAUUAAAGAAGAAGAUAAGCGUGUUAUCUACGAUUUUUGGACCCUACAAGCAAGUCGACCCACUGGAUCCAAAAGAGACAAGAUGCGGCAACGAAUUGGCAAAAAGGAGAAGCAUGUAGAAUGCAAAAUUGUAUUUGAUUCUUGCAUGAAAUAUCGAAAAUCCAUACAAAAUAAUGAAGUUCAAGCCUUUAAUUUUCUCACUGAAGCUGUGGAAUCCACAUUGUGUGAAAAGCCAGAAGACUCCAGCUAUUCCUCUCUAGACUGCCUGACAAGGAGCUGUGACAAGUGUGGGGUGAAGAACUUCAAGACAGCAGCUGAAGAAAUGUCUGAAACUGAAGUCAAGUGGAAACGAUAUGAAUACAUAACGUACAAAGAUAACAAUGGCGAGGAAAAAAGGAAAAUCCACUUGGUCCAAAAAGAAACUCCUGUCAAAGAGAUGUUUGACUAUUUCCAGCAACUCCUGAAAGAUUAUCCCUACCAUUCAUUUAAGGCCAAAUGGCAAAAAGAACAGUUUGAUCAUUUAGACUACCAUUUUGUACACCACACCCAAGGCCUAAUACUGACGUACCUUAGGAAUGAGGUCAAAGUGAAAGUAGACAAAGUUCAUGAAUUCACUGAUGGGUGUGCUGGACAAUACAAAUCUAAGCACACUUUUGGUGAUUUGUCAUGUUCUUUGUCUGACUUUGGGUGUCAGGUGGACCGGCAUUUCUUUGAAACCUCUCAUGCAAAAGGAGAGCAAGAUGCAGCAGGUGCUAAUGUCAAACAACGUGCUACUCUUGCUGUGAUUCGAAGAGAAGCAUCCAUCAAGUCUGCAAAGGAGCUCUAUGAGUAUCUGAAGGACAAGUUCUCUUUGCCAUCUUCAACCAACAGCAAAACCACCUUAAACAAGAGAGUAUACUUCUACAUUCCACUAAAUGGAGAAGGAGCUGUUGACAGAAACAGAAUUGGCCGCACUUUUAAAGAGCUAAAAGGGAUUAGAAAAAUCCACUCUGUAAAAACAACUUCUCAGCAAUGUAAGGUGAGGACAAGGCUAAGAAGCUGUAUGUGCAUUGGUUGUUUAACUGACAUGGACUGUGAAAAUGAGGAGUAUGUUGAUAAGUGGAGAGAGGUUGAGAUGUCAAGAGAAGGAGAUGUUGCAGUCACAAGGCAGAAUCAAGACUCAGUCAAUGUCAGUAAAACAGUCAAUGCACUCACUGAUCUUGUUGAAGAAGGAAGUACUGUCGCCAUUGCAGCAGCUGAUGACGCCAUAUAUGAUUACUACCUCUUCAAAGUUACAAGCAGUGGUGCCAUAAUUUUGGGUGAAGAUGAAGUUGAUGACUAUAGUGCUGCUUAUCAGAAAGGUUCCUUUGUCUUCAAGGGUAACUUUUUCCUAAGGGACAAUAUUAUAGACAUGACCUACAAGCUUGACAAUAAACAAGCUAUUGUGUAUGCAAACACUGUCAGGACUAUCUGUGGAGAACUCAAGAAAUUAAAUAGGCGUAGAAAUGUAUUAUUCCAGCUUUUACCCAACCAGCAUGAGGAAAUUAUGUCUUCUUUUUAGUUAUGUAAAUAAAACUGUGUUAUUUCUAAACAGAAUCGUGAAUUUAAGCCUGCAAAUGUGUAAAUAGAAUAUAUGACCACGCCCGCUAUGCAUUCUGGGUAUUAAUUAAUGAGGAUAAUUUAACAGAUAACAUCAAAUAUUUUCUCAAAAAGUAGUUCUUACAAUAAAAGUUUAUGAAUAAUC